UAGCUUGGGUUGAAUGCAACCUAUGCCGGGUCGAACCAUUGGAAAGAGCAGAUAUCAGUCCCUCCCUUGCCCUCUUUUCUCUGCGCCUACAAAAACCCUAAUAAAAAACCCAAGUCUUACUUAGAGUCAUAUACAAGUGAAGAAGAAAAUGCCACCCAAAGCAGCGAAAUCGAAAGAAGCACCAGCAGAACGACCAAUCCUUGGUCGAUUCUCUUCUCACCUCAAAAUUGGCAUUGUCGGAUUACCCAAUGUUGGGAAAUCUACACUAUUCAACACAUUAACAAAGCUAUCAAUCCCAGCUGAGAAUUUCCCUUUCUGUACUAUUGAACCUAAUGAGGCUAGGGUCAAUAUUCCCGAUGAACGCUUCGAUUGGCUUUGCCAACUUUAUAAACCCAAAAGUGAGGUUUCAGCUUUCUUGGAAAUUCAUGAUAUAGCUGGACUGGUUAGGGGUGCCCAUCAGGGUCAAGGGUUGGGCAACAAUUUCUUAUCUCAUAUCCGCGCAGUUGAUGGCAUUUUUCAUGUCUUACGUGCAUUUGAAGAUCCAGAUAUCAUUCAUGUUGAUGACUCUGUAGACCCUGUGAGGGAUCUAGAGGUUAUUGGUGCGGAACUACGGCUAAAGGAUCUUGAAUUCAUGGCGAGAAGAAUAGAGGAUCUUGAAAAGAGCAUGAAGAGGAGCAAUGAUAAGCAGUUAAAAAUAGAACUGGAGUUGUGCCAAAGGGUCAAGGCAUGGCUUGAGGAUGAGAAAGAUGUCCGCCUAGGAGACUGGAAAGCUGCGGACAUUGAGAUAAUGAAUACCUUUCAAUUGCUUACUGCCAAGCCUGUUGUUUACCUGGUUAAUAUGAAUGAAAGGGAUUACCAGAGGAAAAAGAACAAGUUUUUGCCAAAGAUUCAUGCUUGGGUGCAGGAACAUGGGGGUGAAACAAUUAUUCCUUUCAGCUGUGUGUUAGAGCAAAACCUUGCUGAUAUAUCACCGGAUGAAGCAACUAAGUAUUGCGAGGAGAACAAGGUACAAAGUGCUCUUCCAAAGAUCAUAAAGACUGGAUUUUCUGCAAUUAACCUCAUAUACUUCUUCACUGCUGGCCCUGAUGAGGUGAAAUGCUGGCAAAUCAGAAGGCAAACAAAGGCCCCUCAGGCUGCAGGGGCGAUCCAUACUGAUUUUGAGAAAGGGUUUAUAUGUGCUGAGGUUAUGAAAUUCGAGGAUCUGAAGGAGCUUGGCAGUGAGGCAGCUGUUAAGGCUGCUGGAAAAUAUAGACAGGAAGGAAAAACAUAUGUUGUCCAAGAUGGAGACAUAAUAUUCUUUAAGUUUAAUGUGUCGGGAGGUGGAAAGAAGUGACGCAUAUUCUUAGUUGGCUGUGGAGUAAUUUACUGAAAUCUUAACUAUAUGAUUCAUCAAUUCGAGCUCAUGCCAUUACGACAGAGACAGGGAAAGGCUCAAAUAUACGAGCUUUUCCACUCUUGUAUUUCGGAUAAACAGUCCGUUGAUGGAUCCCCCAUCAAAGGAAGUGUUUAUUUAAAAUUUAAGCAUGGAUAUGCUCAAGCGCAUGACACUGAGUGCCCAAAGUUCCACAGCCUUAGUUAAGAUAAAAUUAUUUGUAUCCUGUUUUUGCAGUUUGUAGAACUGUCUUUAAAGUAUGAGAAUGUGAGUGCAAACUACUGAGAGGAGCCAAUAUUUAGGGCACUCGUUAAAUUUGCAAAUUCAUCUGCUUCAAAUUUUGGUCUAAA